AUGGAAGACUCGAUGCAGACUCGAGGCGACGACGACCUGUUCGACGACGAGAUCAUGCCGAUCACUCCAGCGCAGGAGCUCGAACAAGGUCAACAAUCACAGCAGCAGGAGCACAACGAACUAGCAGAGCAGGUCCAAAGACUAAACAUGCAACAGAACGACCGUGGACGAGGACGUGGAAGAGGACGCGGACGAGGCUGGCAGAGAGGUCAUGGCCCCGUACAGAUACAACAUUUUAUUUCAAGAAAUGAGACACCGUCGCAUUCCGAAGCAGCUUCUGGCUCAAAUUCACAACAGAGACAAAGACCUCAACAUUCACAGGGUCUGGGUGCAUCGAAGUUUGCGCCCAAACCCGCUGUAGCAGAACAGAUACAAUCGCAGCCCGAGCCUCAAGCAGAACAGCCUGAGUCUCAGCAGGACAACCAAGAUCAGAUUCAACAAGACACAAGCACCAUUCAGACAGAACACACCUCAGCCAAUUCACCACUCAACGCUCCCACAGGCCCGUCUUCCAAAGCUUUACCUCAGAAACCACCUGCCGUCCGUGGCGAUCGCACAAACACAGGCGGCCUCAAGAAACCCAAACUCACCGAAGCCGAACUCUCCGCAAAACUAUCAGCAGCAAAAGAAAGAUCGCAGGCCCUCUCAGCAAAACACGCCCUAGCUCAAGCCGAUGCUGCCGAGUUCGAGGAAAGAGAACGAAUUGCCAAGCAGAAGAGAGCAGAAGAGGAGAAACAGACACGACAACUAGGUCAAGAAAGAGAGAAGAAUCGUGUAAGAAAACUAAACGCUGGCGCCGGCAGGGAGUGGGAUGCUGAGAAGAGAGAAGAAGAUUUCAGAGCGCCGAGAUAUGGAGAUCGGACGAGGAGGGCUGGACAACCUGAAGAACAGCAGGAUAUGAGCCUGUAUGAGUGGCAGGAUCCUAGUGAGAGAGGUUAUGGAUACAACAGAGGGAGAGGAAGGGGUCGAGGAUCUGGAAGAGGCAGAGGUGGACGAGGGAGAGGAGAUACAGAUCGAGAGUUGUUUCCGGAGAAGACACCAGACGUCAAGGCUGUCGAUGACUUUCCCGCAUUACCUACGAAACCAAAAGGACCUGAUCAGCCUGUUCUGCCACGAAAAGAUUCGGAGCAGAUAGCUGGCUCAAGUUGGGCCGAUCAGAUGGCAAGCUAA